AUGUGUUUUGGUCGUGAAGGCCGCAGGUUCACUGAUGGCUCAGAUGUCUAUGUUGCAGGAGGGAAGUACGAGCCGGUGCUGCUGGACAACGCCUACAAGGUGCACAUGAAGCUGACGAUCAAGUCUGUGGGGGCCCACGACUUCGGCUCGUACAAGUGCGUGUCCAAGAACUCCCUCGGCGAGACGGACGGGAGCAUCAAACUGUACGACAUCCCCGCUCCGUCCACGCCGCACCGCCCGCCCAUUACCACGACAGAGCUCAGUCUCGCGACAGCUGGUGCUGCUGACUUGAAACUACAGGGUGGACCAAACAGUAAAUCAAGAAAUAGUGUGGCGAGUAUCAUAACAACUUCAUUGUGCAUAUAUUAUGCUUUAUUAGGGUCUGUUAUUAUGUGCUGGCUUUGAUUCACAUAAUUGUGAAAGUAACAAAAAGUGCUAAAAGUUAUGAACAGUUGUCUUCCCAACAUCUGGAAAGACUCGCCAAUCAAGACACUUACAUAGUGUUUCUUACUUCUCUAACUUGAUAUCAUGCCUUUCAAAAGAAACUGGCUCUGAUAGACAAGUUAAUUACUAAGUGUAGUGGAAGACCUCAAGAAACAUUGGUGUAUGGAAAUGUAUGUAACCAUUUUCUGAUUGGAAAGUCAGUGAAUUUCUUUAGAAGUAGAUUGUAUUGUUUGUAAAAAUUAUUUGUUUGCCAUUCAUGUACGAUACAAGAGCUUGUACAAAUAAUUUUUAAAAUUUCAUUGAAAAAAAAAAAAAUUGUUUGGACUCUGAAUAUUGCUGCACAAAAAUCAUUCUUGUUUUGCUACCUGUGAUCUGCUUGCCUUUCUGAGCAUUUCAAAUUUAAAUUAAGGAGCACCAAAUCUGUCUAAACUGUGUAAAGACAAACACUGAAAUAUAGAGAUCAAAGAAUUGCUUCAUUUGUACACACUUAUCAACAUAUCUUUUGGAAAAUGUGAACUGGAAGUGAAACAGUAGAUCUUUACAAUAAUUGCAGCAAUAAUUUGAUAGUGGUAAAGUAUUUUCUACACAUACAUAAUUUGAUCAAAUCCAAUGGAAAUGAACGUAUACUCUUAUUUGAUUAUUAUCAAUUAUUAUAUGUUCUUGUCAGCUCCAUAGAUUGUAUAAUUUGGUAAAAAUAGAGAUGCAAAGCAUCUACUUAAGUGUGUAGAUCCUUUCCUGAUGAUAUUGUUCCUGAAGCAAUGAUGUGAGCUUUGAUUAUGUGAAGUACUGACUGCAUUAAAGCAAAUUUUUUCAAUAGCGUUUUUACAUGACAAAACAAACCUCUUCCUUACAAUGAUAUCAUCACCAUCAAUUGAUUUCCAGUCAUGAAAAUGCAAUUGGAAAGGUGAAUGUCACCUAACAGAGAAUUCAGAAGAUAAAAAUGAAGAACUGGAAAUAGCAAUGCACACCAGUCACUAAGGACAAUGUAUUUCCUUGCUAGAAUUAGUAUUCAAACAUCAUAUGAUGCUUCAAUGAUAAUGAAGUGUAUCUAAAAUUCAGUUUAAUACAAAUGCUCAAAUUUUGAAAUUAUUUUGUAUUUUCUUUUUUGUACAUAUAUUAUUCACAAGUAACUUGAUAAUUUUCAAUGUAUUUAUGCACUUUCAUAAGGAACAGAUUUUACUCUCUUAUGCAUAUGAAAUUUAUUCUUGUAAUACAGAACAAAAUAUCUGCUGACCUCUUUCUAUUAUUAUUUAAUCA